CCCACCCCCAUCUGCUAUAAAAGCAAAACCCAAAGAGAAAACCUUGUUGACUUCCUUCUUCUUUUUCUUCUUAUUCAUUUUAUUUCGCCCGCCUUUUUUUCUUUCUUUCUUUUUAACAUUUGCCUUUAUCCUUGGAAGAAACAAUUACUACCAUCAUCACCUGGCAAAUACAGAAAAAAAAAAAAAACUAUGGAAAAAUCCCUUUUAGACUAUGAUCAAAGUCUAGAGGCAUUGGAGAGGCAGCGAAAAGAGCUUGAGCUCGUCUACAAAAAGAUGGGCCAGGAAUGGGAAGCAAGUGGCGCCGGUAUUGGCUGGCUCGAAGCAACAGAUAAACGACGACAACAACAACAACAACAACAACAGCCACCACCACCAACCAGUAGCAGCGGCCCGUCACCGGAAUAUCUACGCUCAUUAUUGAACGUCAACGAGGCCUUACUCGCACAAAGCUUAGCAAACACGUCGGAAGAUGCACCAGCGCCUGUCAAAAUAGUACCGUCGUCAUGUCCGUUGCCAUCGCCCAACAACAACGAGCCAAUAGUGACCAACAAGCCAGCGUCUUACACAACCCCGCCCAUUACGCCGGAUGAAUCACAUCCUCUCGGUGCUCGAUUGAAUUACACGCAUACCAUGGAUCCAAUCGCGGAACUGAAAGCCUCUUCUUCUUCAACAUCGUCUUCUUCUACUACGCCGUAGCACGAUACACACGUUAUAUACACACAUACCACCUUUCCCCUUUUUUAUCGUUUUACCCAAAAAAUAAAACCCCCUUCCCAAAAAAAAAAAAAAAAAAACACCAUUUGUUCUUUCCUUUACUACUCCCCACUUCUCACCCAGCCUUUUUCCCCUUCAGUAUAAAUAUGUAGGUGUCUUUCUCUCUCAUAUAUUCCAUCCCAAUUAGCAUAUUUCGUCCAACCCCCUCCCUCCCAACCAACCCCCACCCCCUAUUUUGGCUUCUUUUGUGCGCGCAUGUGUCGCCUCAUGUUCUUUGCUUGUGUAAUAAGCACAGCAACAAGCGAUUUAUACCCGUCCCUUUUUUUUUUUUUUGUUUCUUCCCCUAAAGUGGCAAGAUUUAGCAAACAAACAAACAGCAACAAACGCAAUCUACCAAAUGCUGUCAGAACUCAUCAUCUGUUACAACUCAAAAAAAGAUAGCAUAUAUAUAUAUAAAAAAAACAAUUCUGC